UUUUCACUUAAGGUACCCAUCCAGACUGACCCCAUUUCAGGAUGACCAUUGCAAAAGUUCCCAUCCAAUUUCCAAGACCAUGGUCUCCAGUGUAUACGGCUUAUAUAAAAACCCUGCAUGAUUGCUUCAUUGAUACGUCUAAUAUGUUGUUCUUUCAUUAUCCAUCCAGUUAGUUACAAGGGGGUCCCUAAAAGCUAUACCAGAGGUUGUAUAGCUUCUAGGGACCCCCCUAUAUAAUAUAAUCCAUAAUAUAACCCAUAGACAUGUGUUUCACUAAACAUUUAUAAAAUAUGGCAAGGGAUCAUGGUCACCCUAGUCAUUCUUUAUACUAUUAUAUAUUAUUCUGCUGCCCCAGCCUAGUAAACACUAAUAUAAAAAAGUGUAAAUAUAAAAAAACAUCCAAAACAUAAAUAUCCAGUAGAAAGUAAAUAUAGAUAAGACACGGGCCACUGUAUUGGAAUGCACAUAUUGGAUCAGGAAAUGACUCAUCACAAACGACAUAAAAGUAUUUCUGACACGCGCAUUGAGACACACGUUGAGGCAGUCACCUGAACGGUCACCGGCUUCCCUGGCAAAGCCCUGCAGGACUAUGAAGACCUUCUACUUCUUCCUACUGCUGCUCCUGCUAACAACUAUGGGACGGGGGGACAGAGUGCAGGAGACACUGGUGGAAGAAGGAGGUUCUGUUCUCCUGGGAGAAAGAAGUGACUUUGAUAAGGAAAGGAUGAUAACUGAUCUGUCCUUUGGGGAUCAAUGGUUGGCUUCGUAUCAUGAUGGACUUGACUUUGCUGAUCACUACAAGGGUCGCCUCAUCUUCUAUCCUGAGAAUGGCAGCUUCUUGCUGAGGGACCUGACUCAAGGUGACAGUGGAAAUUACACUUACUCUGUCCAUCAAGCCAUAAAUGGGAAGAGAAAUAAGACUCAGGUCCUCAUUCAUCUGAUUGUAAGAGAAAAAAAUUCAGUGACUGUGGAGCCAAGAGGGACCUCUCCCGGCCAUGAGGAAACCCUCCAAAUCUCUUCAUAUUCCGCCAGGGACAUUAUGUGGCAGUUGUCUGUCUGUCUUGCUGUUCUGUCACUUGUACAGCCGCUCCUGUGUCUCAGCAGUGCCCUCUGGAGAUGCUGUCAAGGGGGCCAGACAAAGUUUCUUAAUGGCGUUUCAUUCUCAAGCAUCUCAAAAACUUCUUUAGAUUUAUCAGCCACUUUCGGGUCCUCUCCAUCUUCUACCAGUCAAAACACAGCAGGUGGAGGGACCCCAUUAUGUUGCACUCAGUGUAUGAAGAUCAGCGGCUGCGUGUCUUUGGGGUGUGUGUGGCUCAGCUUCUUAUUCUUCUGCCUCUAUACUUGGGAUCUCAGGGCAAUGGUUUGGGUUCUUCUCACAGUUGCCAUUAUCCUUACUUCGAUAAACAUCGCCCCUCUAGUUAAAUGCUUCGGAAUUCCCGAUGAAUCAGGAGUUUCUCUGUUUCCCUAUGGAAGUUUGUGGCACAGCAGCGGGGAGGGAUCCUGUACCAUUAGGUUCCUCGGGUUCCUCAGCCUGGCGCUGGUUCUGGUAUUCGCACUUGGCCUUUUCCUUGGUGGCUGAGGAAGAAAGAGCCGAAGAGACAGAUUGAAUCUGAUUCAUUAUUUCCUGUUUUGUAAAGAACUGCUGAAAAUAAUGAUCCCAUCCUUGUGUCUGACUGUGGAAGCAAAGCCACCACAAAUAUAUAUAUAUCUGUAUUUAUAGUAUUUACUGUGAAUAGCACACACAUUUCUGUAGGACCCUUGUCUCCAUGAAAACACUCCCCCAUGUUCUCUGUGCUUCCUGCUCCUGGGCUGCUCUCUUUCCCAUGGUCAACCCAAGAGGAGAGAAUCAGAGUGCAGGGGAGAACAAAUCCAGCUAGCUAGGGUGCAGUUAAUAGGCUUUAUUUUAUGUGAACUUACCCUUACCUUUUCUGUUCUUCCAUUCUAUCCUCUGCCUUCCUCUAAGGUAGUCAAAUAAAUUAUUUAGUUUAUUAUAUAAUUUUCUACCAGUGGAAGGAAAGGACUUCAGUAUUAGGAAUAAUAUUAUUAUAAUGGGGCAGAUAAUAUUACUGACAUGGUGCAGCACAGCCAAUACCACAGUGUUUAAUUCAUUUAUUUACCAUUUCACUCCUUUUAUGUGAGCUGGUGAAGUUUUCGGCGAAACGCCCCAAAUUCGCCCAUCACUAGCAACAAGCUCCGCCCUAUUUUGUAUCUGACAUACCUCCCAACAUUUUGGAAAUAGAGAACAAAAAGAUUUGGCAGGUGAAAAUUUUUUGACCACGUCCUGU